CGGCGGCGGUGCCCCGGGCGUGGGGGGGAGCGGCCCCCGCGGGGAGAGGGGGGCAGACCGGGCCGGGGGACGGCGCCCGCUGUCCUGGGGGCUGCGGCGGGAGCCCAGUCCCCGCCCGGGCGGUGGGCGCCGGGCCGGCCGGCUCUUGCAUAACGCCACCUGCGGUACCUGCGUGUCCCUCGGGCCGUGGCGGCGGCGGCAGCGGAGUCGGGCGUUUUCCGAGCUCCGCGAUCUUCAAAGCGCGUAUUUGCCCUUGCGGGGCCUCCUGGCGCGGCGUGAGCCUCGGGGAUUUAAAAGCCCGGGGAGCAACAGCGAGAAGCCCGCGUCGCUCCCUCCUGCGCCUCCUGCAGCGGAGCUGACGGGUGCGUGAAUCAACUUAUUGUCACUGAAUCAUCGCUUUCAUCAUACUAACUUGACAACCAUUGUAUGCCAGCUUGUGUCAACACCAGAUCGAGGUGCUCCUGAUCAGCCAGAUCUUUCGGGAAUUUUUUAAAAAGAAACUUGGGUGUUAAAAGAUGUGCCAUGGAAUGGUAGCACCAAAGAGCAACACAGGAUCAUCUCUUGCCUUGACUAGCCAUGGGUUAUUUCUUCUGCUAGUUAUCUUUGGUACCUUUAUCGUGGAAGCACAGGCCACAGGUUGGCACAGCAAAUCCAAAGGACCUGCAUAUUGUCCCCAGCCACCACAGCCUGAGAAUGGAGGCUAUAAAUGCCACCCUAGCCCCUGCAACAACCCUCUGACUUCAGGCAGUGUCAUAGAGUAUCUGUGCGUUGAAGGCUACAUGCUGAAAGGAGAUUAUAAGUACUUGACCUGCAAGAAUGGAGAGUGGAACCCAGCCAUGGAAGUCAGCUGCAGGCUCAGCCCAGAAAAGGACUCUCCUCCAACAAUUGGAGUACCCACGCUGUCCAUAGUAGCCUCCACAGCGAGCUCCGUCGCCCUGAUUCUGCUCUUAGUUGUGCUGUUUGUUUUGCUGCAGCCAAAGCUGAAGUCAUUCCAUCAUAGCAGGCGAGACCAAGGUGUGUCUGGAGAUCAGGUCUCUAUCAUGGUGGAUGGUGUCCAAGUGGCCUUGCCAUCCUAUGAAGAAGCGGUGUAUGGCAGCACAGGGAACUGCAUUCCACCCUCGGAUUCCCGAGUGCAGAUUGUGCUCUCGGAGGGAGCUGGGCAGAAUGGAGCCAGAGAGGUGCAGCAGCAGGACCAAGGGGCUCAUAAUAGCCUUGCAAGAGAAGAUGAGGCCCCUGGACAUUCUGGACUGUGUGAAGCCAGUGGCUCUCAACGCUCUGAAACUGUUCUUGUGCAUCAGGCUGCCACCUCCUCCUGGGUAGCUGGCAUGGCUAGCAGUAGACCUGUACACAAAGAGGUCCAGGAUUCAGAAAGCAGUGACAUACAGAGCCUUUUAUCACUCACUUCCUCCGAGGAGUACACAGAUGAUAUUCCCUUAUUGAAGGAAGCAUGAGGCUUGCUGUGUUUGUCUAGCCUUCUCCCUCUUGGAUUUCUUCCUCCUCCCUUCCCCCUGCCUUCGGGACAGAAGCACUCUGUGCAGCCUUCCCCGUCCUCGCAAGCUGUGCCCUGGAUACCUCCAAGCAGAGAUGCCCUCAGCUGAAGAUCCAAAGGAUGUCGCCAGGUUGCCUCCUGGAUGCACCAGUGGAGUUGGUGCAGCGCUGGCUUCCCCAUUCCAUCAGCAUCAGGGGCUCAAGGAACAGAGUGGAUUUGAGCUCUCCUCUCCCCUUCCCCAGCCAGAUGUUUGACAGCAGUCUCUGAAGAGCUGCUCUUUUCUUGUGCCUUUCUCCUCCUCACGCCGCUUGUUGCAGCUUAUCAGCCUCUCCAGCCCUUCAGCUGCCUGGAGAGCAGGGGCUGAAACCGCUUGCUCACUGGGUGCAGACACAAUUUAUAUAUGCGUAUAUAUGUUAUAUAGGCUCUUCUUCCUGCAUCCUUUUUGUGAUAGGGCAGGACAAAAUGCCUCGCUGGGGCUGAAGCUGGGCUUGUGAGGGAUCCCAGUUAAGGAGCAGCUUGUGAUGUCUAGAAGCGCCUGAAAUGAGAUGGGCUGUGUGACAACUUAGCUGUGCAGGAGCAGUUCAUUGAGAAUUGCUAGAGCGCUGAAGGCUGACGAGUCCAAUGUGUAGGAAUGCUCUCCGCCCCCCUCUCAAAAAACAUCUCUGCGGAGGUCCGUUCCUGAAAAACACUUUAGUCUCCUUCCUUCUUUAUCUGUGCAGACCACUUGAUUACGCUGUGUUUCUAGAAGCUGGGACUGGGACUGUAGUGCCAGUAACACAACCCUUUCAGCUUUGGCGUGGUGCCACAGCAGCUCCUGGUGUUAGAUUGUAGAAGGGUCUUAGAGAAUGGCCAGUGGUUAGCACGGUCCAGAAAGCACGAGGGAUGUGGCUUUCAGGUAACCAGCCCUGUGUUAACUAUGAGUUAGCACCGUUCAUUGAGGGCGUCGGGACUGGAACCAAAUCUGUGGCCCUGCUCUUUGGAUAAGCUGUGUGCCUCCAAACUUUUUUGGUUAAGGUGCUAAAGCUUAGGUUCCUUUAGUCAGAUCUUCAGGCAGAGGUAACCCUUCUGAGAUGUAAUCUGGAGGUGGUUCACAUGUUUGAAAAAGUCAAGAGAAAAAAUGCCUGUAGGUAGUGAAUGCCUAGUGCCAUUGGUGCAAUCCUGAAUUACUUUUGCAGCCACACUAGGUACCUUGGUACUUGUGUCCUGGGUAACUACCAUCUUGAAGGCUCGUGUGUCUUCCUAGCUCCAUACAGCAAGAGUCUGCUGGUUUGUCCUAAUGGGCUUCAGUGGGCUCACAGAGAAGGGCUUCUUCCUUGUGGCUGGGGUAAGCAGCGUUUAUGAAGUCUCUACUAAAUACAGCGCAGUUGCCUCUUGCUGUGAGAGAAGGUUGACUACGUUGACAACAGUGCCAGAGAACACAAUAGCUUAUUCUUGAGCCUAAGUUUUGAAGAUUGUUUCAAGUUCUGGUAGCAGUGAAAAUAAAAUUUAAAAAAAUAUGUAUACCUCUGCCCCCCCCCCGGUUAUUAACAACAGACCAGAAUAUCCUGGUUGCUGUUAACAGGACUCCGUUUUUGCAGAAAGCCACAUUUGUCUGGGGUAGGUGAUCGGAUCACAAAAGCGUUGUGGUGGCUGUAACGUUUCUUCAUUGGGGAGGUCUGGACACUGUUCCAUGGGAUUGGUUUCAGCAAGAAGAGUUGGCUUCUUAGAUGCAAUGUACCUUGUCGUAACUGUCUUGAAGUAACAAGGGAAGUGUUUGCCCUGUGAGAAGCUGCUAAAUUUUUAUUUGAGUUGAAGGAGCAAAAUGUCAUGGCCUUACACAUCAUGUGGUAAUGUACAGGUAAAUAAGGAUGCUGUCUUUGCUGCUUUGCUUUUGGCUUAUGAUCCUCACCAUCCUCAUCCUUGUUGCUCCAGGAACAAACAUACCAUCAUUGCACUUGAUAAAAGUGACACAACACCAUUACGUAUAAAAUUCCUGUGGCUUAGCUCCAGUUCCUGGAAAUGGGGAUUAGCCAUAGUAUCCAGCCAUGUCCCAACUGCUCGUGUUCCUGAUUAUCUGUUUAAUCCCCGAACACCUGGGGCAGCACGUGCCUGUGGAUGGAAGAAUCCUAUUUUCCCUAUCCUUGUUCUAGAGGGAUGUUAUUAAUUUAAAGAUACAGUAUUUUAAACUUCCUUCCCUGUUGCUCAUGUUACCUUGUAUUAACGCAAGGAUUUGAUAAAUCCCAUUUGGGUGGCUUGGGUAUUUUUAGUUUGGCUUGGAUGGUGAAAAUCCCACAUCAUUUUACAGUGGGCUGCGGUGUCCCAGCUUCAAGUGCUGUAGAGGGCAAAUGUUGUUUACACAUAGGCUAUUGGGAUUGUAGAAAAUAAGCAUGGGAACAUUUGUAUUUAGUUUUUAACUCCUACCUUGGAAACAAUCUAAGCUUGAGUGAAUUGUCUCGUUCACUGGGUUAUCAGGUCAGAUGGAGGGAUCGAGCGAGUGUAGUGGUAAGGGAACGUGGAGGGAAGAAUAUGUGACUUCUUCCUCGCUACCUAACCACUUGGAGCAGGAGGAGUUGCUCGCUCUUUGUGCAUUUAAGGUCCCAUCUAUUCAGACUGACCCUCAGCAACCAAGGUGCAGAAGUUGGGUACAUGUUGUCUUCCUGCAAGGGACAGUGCUUUAACUCAGUGUUAGCACCAGGUUGGUGGGAGAAUCCCGCAACAAAGCUGGAAGCUGAUCCAAAGGCCUGACCUUGCCCUGGACAAGUGCCUGCUUUGCCAGCAGAAAGCAUGUACUGUGUGGCCCUGCCUCCUCUUUCUGCUGUUGUAAAGUAAGCAGCUGCCAGUUUGUGAGAGAAAAUUCAAUUUGGGUUGGGAAGAGAAGGAAGCAAGCUGCACAGAAGAGGGAGUGCUUUAAUUUUGUUUCAUUUACAAAAUUGCGGGAAAUGGCUUUACUAAGGAGGAGGGGAAAUGCAGAGGUGGAGGGAAACAUGCAAGCAUGGAUCUUGUGGUCAGGAAUAAACAGGCAGCUUCUGUUGGUUUACUGAGGGAAACCAGCAGCUCCCAGGCCAGUCUCUGCUGUGCUGGCUGGUAGCCCCAGCUGAUGCUUCCAGCACUCGCAGAAGAGCCCGUCUCCUGCAGCGGUGCUUGUAGGAACAGGCCUCAAGGACCUGUGCAAACCAGAACAUGGAAAACAGUUUGGGGGCAUCACAUUCCCCUUGCCAGUGUCCUCAGCUUUAGAGUUUAUUUUCAUAUAAAAUAAGGUAGAAUGGCUGGGGAGGAACCUGAGAGAUGUCUGCUUGACAGGGUUUGUUUUUUUUUUUUAUGGGGGAGGGGAAGCAAGGCCUCAUUAUCAAGUGAUUUUUGCUCAUUCAUGUUGUAAUUCUGCUGAGGCUGAAGGAUCUGGAAGUAUUUUGGACAGAUAUUUAGGAAAAACUAAAUUGCACAGUCCUGUCUUUACUUCUGGGAGCAAGGGCUGAGGCUUAAAGAUCCCUCAGCCCUGAGCUCUGCUCUAUCUCAGGAGCGUUCAUUACCUCUGAGCAAAGAAUGUGUCCUCUUUGACUGUUGCCAUAGGUGGAUGCAGCCUGCAUCUCAGUGUGGUGGAUGGGGAGCACAGGGGCUCAGCCUUGCAAGGUGUAACACAGUAAAUUACUUUUUUUUUUUUUUCUUUUGGUGUUUUUUUUCUGAUGGAGCCACAGCCUCCUUAACUUUUUUCCCCCACCUGUGUCUGGCAAAAGAAUUUGAAGGGAGGCAUUUUUUUCUUAUUUGAAGUUCCAGACAUAAUCAUCUCAUGCUCUGUCAUACAUGCUGGAUCCUGUGAUAUUCAAGAACAUUAAAAUGGUUUAAUCACAUUGGAAAAAUAAAAAUAGCAUUUAUUUUAAAGGUUUCUGUUAUUUUUGGAGUCUGAUAGGUUAAAAAAAAGGGCAUUUCAGAAAUUCAGAAUAUUAUGUGCAAUAGAAAAACCUACUUGCUCCCUUUCAGUUGCAUGGAUUUUUUAGAAAAAGAAAUAAAAUGCAACGUACUGCAGUGUUUACAGCCCCGGCAUUGCAGAACUGGACCAGCCUGAGAGAACCAGAAAGUGAAGGUGACAGUUAACCCACAGGGAAGCAGGACAGUCUCCUGUCAGGGUCUGCAUCGUGAAGCUCAGCUCAAACCAGGAGCCAGCUGGGAUUGUGUCGGAGCCCCCUGCCACCUUGAAGGGGGUCGGCAGCAUUGGUGAGAGAUGGUUCUGUGUGUUUUGGCUUUAAAUAGCUUGUAUCUCCCCAUCAUUAACUGCAGAAGAAGUAAAAAAUUAAGUUGGGAGGAGACAUGUGCUGCAGCAUGAGAGCCUGUGGAGUUGCCGAGUUUGAGUUUGGGAAAGAGAAAAGCUUAAUGGAUUUUUAUCCUUUUUCUUAACCACCAAGGUACUUGCUGUGUAGAAGAGUGCUUACUCAGCAAGCAUGCUGCUUGUUCACCUUCUUGGACAUCUCCCCUGAGGUUUCUCCUUGGCCUCUUUCAGCUCUGGUGUGGUGAAUCAUUUAACGUAUCUAGAGCCUUUAUGUGGCCUUUCAGCAGAUGGAGAAGUCAGGCAUGUUAGGAAGAAAUCUGUUCCACGUGUUUUGGGAGGAAACAUCCUAAGAUGCUCCUGGAGGUGGAUGAUGGGUCAGUGCUGAGGAGUGGGGCUAAGAGAGUAACAGGCUCAGCCACUGGAAGUAAUCUGGGAUGGUUAAGUCAUUUGCAGCACAGAAAAGGGAACACAAGGAAGGGGGGUAAAGAAGAGAACUGAAAACAGAGGUAUGCUGCAGGCUAAUGAGCUAAUGCAUUCAUGACUGGGUUGUAAGGAAGCUUGUGCUUUGUUUAGAUGAUUUAGCUGACACCAGCAGGCUCGCUAUAUAAAAAAAAAAAAAUCAGCGUACAACUGGCUGGAGACAGAUUUCCUUGCUGACCUUUUUGGAACAUAUUUGCAAAACCUGGUUUUACUGUUCUGAUAGCAGUUGUUUAAAAAGAGAAAAAAAAAUGCCUUAU